CGUCACUUCCUUUAGUCAAUUGUCAAUCGUUCUUUUUACAGCGUGUUAUGGUGGAGUGAUUGGUGACUCCACAAAAUGCAGAUAUUUGUCAAGACUCUGACGGGUAAGACUAUCACCCUUGAAGUCGAACCAUCAGAUACCAUUGAAAAUGUCAAAGCUAAAAUUCAAGAUAAAGAGGGCAUCCCGCCGGAUCAGCAACGAUUGAUCUUUGCUGGUAAACAACUCGAAGAUGGUCGUACUCUAUCCGAUUACAAUAUCCAAAAGGAAUCCACUCUUCAUUUGGUAUUGAGGUUGAGAGGAGGUGCUAAGAAACGUAAGAAGAAGAAUUACUCUACACCGAAAAAAAUUAAACAUAAGAAGAAGAAGGUCAAGUUAGCUGUAUUGAAAUUUUAUAAAGUUGACGAAAAUGGUAAAAUUCACCGGUUAAGGCGUGAAUGUCCUGCCGAACAAUGUGGAGCUGGUGUAUUCAUGGCUGCAAUGGAAGAUAGACAUUAUUGUGGAAAGUGUGGAUACACUUUGGUAUUUUCAAAACCUGGUGAUGAAAAGUAGAUGAUAACAUGUAUUGUUAUAAAAAAUAAUUAAAAAAAAAACUUGUUUUAUUUCUAAAUAAAAUAAUUCAAGAGUA